UUUCUCACUUGGUGCUCUUGCCGUUUACUCUUCGCUCUUCUAAAGCAACGGGAGAUAAAACAGAGAUAUCGAGAGAGAGAGAGAGUGGCGGAGGAGGAGAAGCGGAUCUUUAGGGUUUGGUGGAUCGAGAAAUUAGGGGGCGGGGGUGGUGGAUUGAGUUGGGGACUUGGUCGUCUUGGAUGAUUUCGGGCGGAGAUGGGCCUCGUUCCUAUGCGCAAAUCCUUCAAGGACUCGCUCAAGGUGCUCGAAGCUGACAUCCAGCAUGCCAACUCAGUUGGGAGGUCGAGAAUUACUAGGUGGAUUUGACACUUCUUCUUUUACUUCAUUCAGUUAACUGUGAAAUGGUUAAGCAAAUAUUGGCUCCUAUGACUCUAUGCAGUGGUCGUAUGAGGGCUACUUGUUUUUGUAGGAUGAGCAGUCACAGUGCUUCAGAUUUCCCAACAGAAUAUGACGGUGCCUGUCUUCAGAUGCGAAUGUCAUAUAGUCCAACUGCACAUUUGUUCCUUUUCCUAGUACAAUGGACAGACUGUAGCUUUGCAGGGGCUCUUGGUCUUUUGAGAAUUCUCAUUUAUAAGGUUUAUGUUGAUGGAAAAACAACGAUGUCCAUCCAGGAAAGGAAAGCGAGUAUCCAGGAGUUUUAUGGUGUGAUUUUACCUUCUUUAAUGCAAUUACCCAAAGGCAUAACUGAUGUGGAGGAUAAAAGACAAAAAACCAUUUGUAUGGAAAGAUAUAGGAGAAGAGAAGAUGAGUGCAAGCAGCAAAUAUCAGAAAUAGAAGUCGAAAGAGAGGAAGAAUGUGCUAUCUGCAUGGAGUCCAACAGCAAGGUUGUUUUGCCAAAUUGUUGCCAUGCUAUGUGCAGGAGGUGCUACCAUCAGUGGAAUGCAAGGUCACAGUCAUGCCCCUUCUGCCGUGAUAGUUUGAAGAAGGUUAAUCCAAGUGACCUUUGGAUACUCACUGACAGGAGAGAUGUAGUUGACAUGGCAUCAGUGGUAAAAGAGAACCUGAGGUGCCUGUUCAUAUACGUAGAGAAGUUACCGCUAGUCAUGCCAAAUUCUGUCGUGAAUGUCUAUGAUUCUCAUGUCAAAUGAUCUACAGGGACACCACUGCUUCUUCACCUAUGACUUCUUUUAUUCGUUAUGCUGCAGCUUGUUUGGAGAUUGUUCUCAUCAGAGCAUGAUAUUACAUUCCUGCUUCUAGGCUGCAUCUGAUUCCUCAGCAUGCUCAUUUAAGGAGGUUAGUCUCUAAGGAUGUGUAUCCCUAUCGGUAAAUAUUUUUCGUUUGUAAGUUGGUUGAUGUAAGCAAACAAGCAAAAUAUAUUAUAUGGAAUGCUGUUUUUUUUUUGAUCAA